AAAAGGUUCUUUUUAGUUUCAAAUAUAAAGAUUUUGCUAAAUUAUUUAUUCUUUUAUUUUUCUUAAAUUUAUAUCUUAAAUGUGAAUCAAUUAUAACAGCGCCCCUACAAUGUAUGUAUAAUGACCUAUGCAUCAGUUAGUUGAAAAUGGCCGCUUAAAAGUUAUCGUUGAAAUGUGUGUUUUAAUUAUGUAUCAUUUUACAAUGGAAUCCUUCGAAAUUAUUCAAAAAUUAAAACAAAAUAUUGUGAUUGAAGUAAAAAGAUUUAUCAGAAAUCUAUUGUUAAAAUAUAAAAAGUGUGGUAUUACAAAUAAUCAGUUGUCAUAUUGCGAGCAAAAUAUACGUGAUAAUUGUCACAGUGGAGGCUAUCUUUGUUUAUUUUAAAUUUAUAUAUUAAUUUAAAAUAUUAGUAUUUUAAAUUUAUUUUACAGCUAAACAAAGAAGAUUUAUGAGAACCGAGAAAAAUUGUAAAGAAGCAGCAGUGUGUUGAAUGAUCAACUUCGCUUCAAUAUUAAAUAUGUAUUUUAUGCAGAAUUUACCUCUAGAAACAACAAUGGAAAAAAUGUAUUCAAUAAAUAAUGUACUGAAUGAAAAAAGAAAUAUGUCAAGUUCAAAAAAAGAAAAUAUGUUCCAUAGUGUCUUUAAUAUUUUAAAUAUACUUUGGGAACAAUUCUCUAAAGUUCCUGCUUCAUUUAUAGCAAAUAUUAAUUAUCCAUUGUCUGUAACAGUUGUGAACAAUGAUGGUAUAAUUCCACAUGACUUUUUUAAAGAUUUGUCAAGUAAAAGAGUACGAUUAAGUACUGAUAAUGUAUAUAUUCAGAAUGUAAAAGAAUCUUUAAAUAUUGUUAAAAAUACAAAUAAUGAUAUAUUUGAUGAAAAAAAAUCUAUAAAUAAAAUUUUUAACAAAAAUGCAAAUGAUAAUUUAAAAUUUAAUUAUGAAUACAUUGGUAGCAAAAACAAAUAUACAAAGAGAUCUGACAAAAAAGAAUCACAUAUUAAGGAGAAUAUUAGAUAUGAUCCAACUAAUUGUAAUUAUUUAAUAUCAGUUCAAAAUUUGAACAAAUCAAAUGAAGAGGAAAUGUUUGAAUACAUUUAUUUUGAUAAAAACAUACAAAAAGUAUGUACUAAAGAAAAUUGUUAUAAUUUUGAAGAUAUUUAUAAUAAGCACAUAUUUAAUAAGGAACAAUUUUUUAAUUAUAUUAACAACAGUAUGAAUGAUAAGAUAAUUUCUUUUUUAACAUCUAGUACAAAUACAUUAAGUAUGCAACCAAUCCAACAAGGUAUAGUUUCUGAUCUGUUCACAAAGGUAUUGCAAAAAGCUUUCAAUAAUGUAACAGAUUGUUUCUAUAGAACAGAAUCUGUUGAAUCGGAUUUGAUAAUUAAACGAUCAUUCUCACCGAAGCAACGAAAAAAACUUAUUGCAGUGGCGAAAGGUAGAGGCCGGGGACGAGCAAAGUCGCAACUUAGACGUUCUGGAGUUAGCCAAACAAGACAUAGAAAAGAACGCAUUAAACAUGAUAUUGCUAUAGAUAUAGAAAAUGAUUUUAAAACUUGGCAAGAAUUAAAAGUAUCUCAUAAAACAAAAAAUAAAAAAUUAGAAGACUGUUUUAGCUUAGAUGAAGAUACAAUAGAUACUGUACAAUAUAUUGUAAAAGAGACAGUGAAUCCUGUAACAUAUACAUUUGCCGAUAUAAAACCCAAAAUUCAAAAAUCAAAAAUAUGUAGAAAUAUUAAUAAAAGUAUACCUAAUUUUUCUAAAAAAAUGGAAAGUAUAUUUGAAUGUACAGAACAAACAAAUAUUUUUCAUCAUGAUUUUGUUGAGAAUAGAUAUAAUGUACAAAAGAAUACAUUUCGACCACGGUUAAUAUCAGAAAGUUCCAUUGAUUCAGAAGAUAGUUAUUGUAUAGUAUUUGAAACUGGCUCUGAAGUAACUUAUAAAAGUGAUCUUGAAGAUAGUGAAGAAAAUGAUGAAGAUCAAAUAAGUGAAGAUGAAAAAAUUUAUAAAGAUGAACGAUCUCUAUCUCCUGUUCAAAAAGUAAAAUUUAAUUUAAAUCCAGAAAUUCAUAUAAUGGUUCAAUGGGACUAUGCUUAUCGUGCAGCUCGAAAAGGUCCAUGGGAAGAAAUGGCUAGAGAUAGAGAACGAUUUAGAGGCCGUAUAAAUUGUAUAGAACGUGUUCUUAAUCCAAUAUUAACAACUCAACACAGAACUUAUAUUUGGCAAGAACGAUUUGCAUCUGAAUAAAAUUCAUACUUAUUGUGUAAGGUAAUUGUAUCAUUUAAAAUUAGUAUUAUAUACUACAAUAGAAGAGAUGAUGUAUUUAAAAAAAAAUGUGUAUAAUAACUUUUUUAAAAUAAUAAAAUAGGCUGUGAAUAAAUAGAAUAUGAUGUCUUUUAAUAAUACAAUGUAUUCAUAAUGAUAAAAAUGAAGAUAAAUUUUUCAUUUUUUAAGUUGCAACACUAAUUGGUAUAUAUCAUAUAUUUUUUCAUUAAAAUUUAUAAUAAUACAAUUUGUAUGAAGUCAAUAAGUUGUAAAUUUUUUUUGACUAGUCUAUUAUAUGUAAAAAUAUUAACAAAUAUUAGAUUAUUAUAAAUUAUAUUAGGUAAUAAAUAAAUAAAUACAUGCAUACUUUUAAAAUAUCAAUAUAUUUAUUGAAAUAUAUCUCACUUAUAUUUUUUUAAAAUCUGUAAAUCCAAUUGUAAUAGAUUCAAUAAUUAAAGAUUUAAAAAUUUCAUAUUUUCAAUUCAAUAAAAAUUCAUAUUAGAUUAUUUAAUUUGAUUUGCAUGCAAAAUACUGUAAAUAUGAAAAUAUUAAAAUAUGAAAAAAUGUUAAAAAAUGAGAAUUUAAUACAUAAGUAGAAAUACACUCUUUUAUUAACAUUUUUAAAUAUUUCAAAAUAAUAUAGAAUAAUAUAUUACAUUUAUAUGAAGGAUGUUAAAAUAUUUAUAGGACAAAUAUUGAUUGAGAUAUAUUUAUUUAAGUAAUUUAAAUUUUUAUUAAAUGAUACAAGAUGAAGAUAGAAUGAUAUUAUAAGAAAAAUAAAACUAUUUCAACAAUAUUUUAAUCCAUUGCUAACUUAAAUUGCUUAUAAAUAAAUAAAUAAACUUUAAUUUUUGUAAUAAUUUUUGUAUAUCAAUUUUUGUUUUGGCCUAAAAUCUAUUCUCUAAAUAUUGUUUGAAUAUAAUGACAUCCUAAAUAUUGUUCUUAGUGUCUUAGUUAAAUUCAUUUUAUAUAUCUAAAUUACGGAGUAUAAAUAACUUAAAUUAUAUAUACACUAGUCAUUAAAUGUAUAAAUUAAUAAUCAAUCAAUCAGUUUUGUUAUGUAUAAAACAAAUUAUUAGAAGAUUUUAAUUAUUCACAUUUUUUUUCCAACAUACAUUAUCUCUUCUAUGCAACUAUUUUGUAAUAAAAUCAAAAUCUUUUCACUAUAUUUUCGAUAUUGAAAUUAUUAUAUGCAUUUUUUAAACAUAAAAUUCAGAAGUCACAUAUUUGUGAUAUUCUAUAUUCUAUAUAUAUAUAUAUAUGUUUUUUUCGUUUUUAAUUUGAUAAAAAAUAUAAAUAUAUGAACAUUAACUAUUAAUUUAAGAAUAUAUUCAUUUUAUAUAAUUUCAUUUUCUAUUACACUUAUUUUUAAUACAGUAUAAAUGUAAUUAAAUAUUAGGUACAAAUUUCUAAAUAUUGAACAAAUAAAAAAUAUCUUUAAUUUCCAUUUUAAGCAUACAGCUUAUAUAUAUGUCUAUUUUAUUUAUUAAUUUAUAUUAUUUGUUUUUCUCAUUUUUAUUAGAAAAUUUUCUUAUUAUAAAAUUUUAUUGAAGAAUCUGAAUAUUUGUAAUACAUAAUAUUGAAAAAUAUAUCACUUAUAUUGACAAUAUUAAAAUUAAUGGAAAGUUUAGAUAGAUAUAAUUAUAAUAUACUAUGAAUUGUAAUUCCUGAAAUUAAUUUAUUAUUAUGAUAAGAAAUAAAUUGUAUUUCAUCAUUACUUAUAAUUAAUUAAUGCAUACAUAAAUACUAUAUAUUGCUGAGAAGUUUUCCAAGUUGAUACAAAAUAAGAAAAUAUUUCUUUCAUUCGCAAUCAUUAUUAUAUGAUAUUAUUUGUAAAUAUGAAAUUUUCGGCUAACAUACCAUUUUGGAGUGUUUUUAUAAUUACAUUCAGUUAUCAGAAAAAAAUUGAUCACAUCCUUUUAAAGGAUUUCUUGUCAGCUAUGUAUAAUAUUCAUAUGUGAAAUAAGGCAUUGUAUAUUAUACGUAAUCAAAAAACAUCAGAAAAAAUUUUUAGUAAAUAAUUUAAUUUACAUUCAAAUAUACUUUUGUAUAAAUAAUAUAUAUUUUUGUCAUUAUUUAAUUAUUAUUAAUUGAAUUUUUAGGUAUUUUUGAAAUUAUUAAUUUACAUAUUUUAUUAAAUAUAAAUGUUCCCUGGAAUUUGAUUUGGAUUAAUAUAAAAAAAAUUGUUCUUGCCAAGUUUACAAUGUAUAAUGUAUUUAAAAUUAAUUAGGAAUUACUACGUGUACAUACAAAAGUUGGUAAUAUAUGUGACUGUAUUAUAAAUUGUAAUAAUUAAAUUAUAAUCUACUUUAUUUGCACUUAUUUAAUAGUUUCUUUCUAUUUUUAGUUUAAAAAUUAGUUUAAUUAGUUUAAUUUCUCUUAAUGUAAUAAUGCAAAAAAAAAGAUUUGUUCUUCAUAUAUAUACAUAGUCAUUUAUAUUUAAAUUUUAUCAAAAAAACUAAAAUAUUAUUUUUAUUUUGAAAAUUAGAGUAAUAUCUUAUAUGUAUCUAAUAUGUAAAUAUUAUGGAUAUAUAUAUUUCAUUGAAUAAAUACAUUAAUAAACA